AUGAUGCCCAAGAGCAUUUGCCCGAUUUGUCAAAGCAGUAUUGGUCAGUGCAUUGUGGAGACGAUUGCGAUGGAAAGGCAAGCUCCCUCGCCACCAACCGACAUCACUAUUAAGGCAAUAAGUUCGAGCUCCAUCAUGGUCUCGUGGUCGCCACCAGCACACACAAACGGACCUCUCGAGCCAUACAGGGCGCACUGCACUAAGGUCGGUGAGAACUGGCCUCGCUCUGCUACCACGAAGGACAACGCGACGACGUCAGUCGAAGUAAGGGGACUGCGACCGAACACAAACUACGAGUGUUACGUUGAAGCAGGCACAAAGCCACUGAUCACUCAAUGGGGCGAUUCUCUCACCAGUACGUCAACGAGGUCGACUCCCGUCAAAACAUGGCCUGGAACCUUACAAGGAUUAGUCGUUAAAGAUGUGGUGGCCGUUGACGCUAACUCGCUAGACGUGUUCUGGUACGAACCCCAAACUGUGGAAGGAAUUCUGGGGGGCUUCACCAUCUCCGUUGGACUCUACAUUCCAGACUCGGUUAACGAACCAGACUGGCGGCAUGUGGCCAACGUAACCGCAGACUCGCGAUCGUACAGGAUCACUGACUUGGAGCCCGACACACACUACGAAGUCACUGUUCGUGGUUAUGUCCUGCCGAACGAGGAGGGACAUGGCGGAGGCUACAGCCAAUAUUCCUAUCCUCGAAGUGCCUCAACGUUGUCUGCUGUUGCUGUCAACACAUUCACGCAUUCCUUCGUUGGACUUAAGCCAUACACGCGCAUCUUCGCAGCCGUUCGGGCUGCUACAGCAGCCAAUGAACGUGGCCAAGGCGGUGGGAUCGGUCAAAUUAGUCCAACGAAGCAAAUUACGACCAUGGAAGCUGCUCCUUCCCUCACCCUUCCUACUCCCACAGCUCCGGGACCUGUUGGUGACUUGACGUGUGCACAGGAUCCGGCUGGCUCGUCCAGGCUUGUCUGUCGUUGGCAGGAGCCGGUGAACAAAAACGGGCUCAUUCGAAACUACAAAAUCAAGUUGGUUGACAAGCACGAUUCCGACAGAGUUGUAUUCGAGGGCGACUCCACUAACCCAGCAACGACUAUUGAGCGGAAUCUGAAUUUCGAUCACACGUUCAGUCUGUCUGUGAGCGCAGUGACAAUUGAAGAGGGUCCGGUUCUCACGAUACAGGUUAAAUUGACUGAAGCAACUCACAUGUCACAGCGGCCAUCGCAUCUGCAGUCACGUCAGUUCAUGCACUCGUGUGGGCACAUCUUCCGUGUCACUCUUACCACGCGCAUUAUCAGUCACUCACCCCUGCUCAAGUGGCUCACCCUUGCCGAAUCGGUUAGCAACCAGCAUCAGUCACAACCCCGCCGCUCACGACAGACACGUCGACACACCUCAUUGUUCUUGCCCUUCUGCUCCCCUGGACACGUCAAAUCCCACCAAUCAGUGUCACUUUACUCUGUGUCUCACACCUCACAUCCAAAUCAAUUACCUUCUGCGGUUGUGGAGGUCAUCACCCAGCAUCUUCUCUCCCCUCCGCCUUCUUCACUUCCAGUCUCGGAUAACACGACCGAAUGCAACAUUUACCUCAAGCUCUCGGCUAUCGACUUCACCCAAUACAGCCCAGUCUCCCAUGUGGGUGUGUUAGUCGAGGAGGAGUCCGCUGGUGCUUCUGCCAAGACGUCCGACGGAAUGCCCUACUACGCCUACGCUCAGGGUCUUUCUAAGUCCUGGGAGGUCAUUGCGAUUUCACGGACUGGCGGUGUGAGUCAGAACAUGGACGAUUAUGUGUUUACUUUGGGUGCCAAUAAAAGACCGAUUCAACCCGAUAACUCAUUCAAUGGUCCACUGAAGCCCUCAACUGAUUACGUUGUGGAAAUCCGAUUUCACAACAAGGCAGGAUACACCGAGACAUCAGGUGUGAACAUCAGAACUUCGAGCAAAGUGGACACUGGUAAAUUGCUUCAGCCUAGAGUUAGCGUUGUCAUGCGUAUCAUUGAACAGCCGCAUUUGGUGUAA